AUGGCCCUGGUAUGCAAGUUCUGUGUGGUUUUUCUGCUCCCUUUCUUUUGCACUGGAGUAAACUGGGAUCCUACUGAGAACUAUAUUUUUAUUGCUGGCCCUCUUACUAAUGAGUUAGUAAGUCAUUUAAACACCAAAAGCGGAAAUGUAAGAGAUGCUGCUUUUAAUUCUGAAACAUCCCAAUCGGAUUAUCUUUGUCAUCAGCCUUCUCUCACUUCCUUGCUGCCAUACUUUGAUGAGCUCCAUGAAAAUGGCGUGACUCACUUUAAGGUGUUCUUGCCUUGGACUUACCUCUUCCCAGAGAUGAAUGCCAAAUCUGCCAACGACACUAAUAUUGUAUGCUACAGACAGCUUCUUCAAGCUCUCAGAGCUGCAGAUCUUAAGCCUGUUUUAAUACUCCAUCAGAAACACUUGCCGAAGUCUUUACGUACUCAACAGCCUGCGGCUUUCAUUGAACUUUUUGCACAAUAUGCAGACUACUCCUUUGGGUUGUUUAGUGAUCUUGUCGACACCUGGCUCACUUUCGGCAACCUGACCAAGAUCACAGAGUCUCUACCACAAGGAGAUCCACUUGCUUUACCUUUCCAGGUGCUAGCUUCAGCGCAUGAAAAAGUUUAUAAGAUCUUCCAUGAAAACUAUUUUUCAGAAGAUGGAAAACUGUCUAUUUCAUUAGAUGUUCAUGAUGAUGCUGUGCUUGUGCCAUCUAGAACUUUCCUGGCUACAAUUUUGGACUCUAUCGAUUUUCUCUCUCUCAGCCUACACUACAACUGUAAAAAGGAAGCGGGCAUUGAACAGAUGCUGAAUGAGCUACAGCCUGCCACAUAUGGUUUGGAGAUUUUGCUGUUUCAUCUACAUUUCCAUGAAUGUUCUUCCACACAAGAAAACCUACUGACAGCAGUGGCCUCCAUUUUUAGUGCCAUUUAUGAAGCUGACGCGCAGGCAAUAGGAUAUGACGUAAAUCCCAUCUUGAACAACUCGCUCAUUCAAGAAGCUGGCUCCCACACAGAAAAUCUAGCCAUUCGUCCCAAGCCAGAUGUGACACUGACAUCAGUUAUCAGCCCAUUAUCAUCCUACCAAACAAUUUGGGAAACAUUUGCAAAUCAGUCUGAAUUGGAGAGAGAUGCUUUUCUGUUGGAUGUUUUCCCUCGAGGUUUCCUCUGGGGCACAUCAACAGGAUCCUUCCGGGUUGAAGGCGCAUGGGCAGAGGAUGGAAAAGGAGAGAGUAUUUGGGAUCGAUAUGGGCAUCAAGGGCAUGUCUACAAGAAUCAAACGGCUGAUGUGGCCUGUGACAGCUACCACAAGACAGAGUAUGAUGUGUACUUGCUCCGAGGCCUUAGGCCAAAGAUUUACAAAUUUUCUAUAUCAUGGCCUAGGAUUUUUGCUGAUGGGACUAAGGACAGCUUGAAUCCUCAAGGAGUUAGUUAUUACAACAAACUCAUUGACAGCUUGCUAGAUUCGAACAUUGAACCCAUGGUGACUUUGUUCCACUGGGACCUGCCACAAACUCUGCAGGGUCUUGGUGGAUGGCAAAAUGAGAGUAUUAUAAGUGCUUUUGCAGAGUAUGCAGCUUUCUGCUUUGACACAUUUGGAGAUCGGGUUAAAUUCUGGAUUACCUUCCAUGAACCUUGGGUCAUUAGCUAUGCUGGCUAUGGCACUGGAGGGCAUCCUCCGGGAAUUGUUGAUCCUGGGAUAGCAUCCUAUCAGGUAGCCCAUGUUAUUCUCAAGGCUCAUGCUCUAGCCUGGCAUGUUUAUAAUACCCACUAUCGUCCCAAGCAACACGGAAAGGUGGGAAUAGUUCUGAAUUCUGAUUGGGCCGAACCAAAGAGUCCAGGAAGUGUGGAGGAUAUACGAGCAGCGGAACGCUACCUGAAUUUCAUGUUGGGCUGGUUUGCUCACCCCAUCUUUGUUAACGGCGAUUAUCCAGAUGUCCUGAAAUCCCAGAUUCAGCACAUGAACCAGCAAUGUUCUUCCCAAAUUGCCCAACUUCCCACCUUCACUGAAGAAGAGAAGAGGUUGGUGAAUGGGACAGCUGACUUCUUUGGCCUUUCUCAUUACACUUCCAGGCUCAUCAGUGCUUCAGCCAAUCACACCUGUGUUCCAAGUUAUGACAAUAUCGGGGGCUUUUCCCCCCAGGUGGAUCCCUCUUGGCCACAGACAGCAGCACCUUGGAUCUAUGUGGUGCCCUGGGGAUUGAGGAGACUGCUCCAAUUUGUGUCCAAAGACUACACAGGUUCAAGGAUCCCAAUUUAUAUUGCAGAGAAUGGUGCACCAGUUGACGAUGGAAGUGAUUUUAGCAAUGACACCAUGAGAAUUGAUUACUAUCGUCUCUACAUCAAUGAGGUGUUAAAAGCUGUGAAGCUGGAUGCUGUUGAUGUUCAGUUGUAUGUUGCCCGCUCUUUGAUUGAUGGCUUUGAAGGCGCAGCAGGUUACAGUCAAAGGUUUGGCCUUCACCAUGUGAAUUUUGAUGACGCAAACAGACAACGGACACCAAAGAAAUCUGCGUAUUUUUUCUCAACUGUUAUUGAAAACAAUGGAUUUCCUGAUAUGGUCACAAAUAAAACUUUUCAGCAUCUAAAAAAUGAUAUUCCCAUGCCACCAAGAUUGCCUAGUUUACCAGCUUCUGAAGUUCCUUCAAAGGCAAAAGUGGUUUGGGAAAAAUUUUCACAACAGACAAAACUAGAAAGAGAUAUAUACUUUUAUGGUACUUUCCCAGAAGAUUUUCUGUGGGGUGUCUCUUCCUCUGCCUACCAGAUUGAAGGAGGCUGGGAUGCAGAUGGAAAAGGCCCGAGCAUAUGGGAUAAUUUUACCCACACCCCUGGGAACAUUAAAAAUGAUGAAACAGGAGAUAUAGCUUGUGAUAGCUACAAUAAAGCUGAUGAAGAUCUUUAUUUACUGAGAGCAUUAAGAGUGAACAGCUAUCGCUUCUCCCUGUCAUGGCCUCGAAUUUUUCCAGAUGGAAGAAACCGUUCCAUAAAUACAUAUGGAGUUAAUUAUUAUAACCGGUUGAUUGAUGGUUUACUGGCCCAAAAUAUUACUCCAAUGGUCACACUCUUCCACUGGGAUCUGCCCCAGGCUCUGCAGGACAUUGGGGGCUGGUUGAACCCUGAGAUGGUUGAACUAUUUGAUAGUUAUGCAGACUUUUGUUUUCACACUUUUGGAGACAGGGUCAAAUUCUGGAUGACUUUCAAUGAACCAAUCGCCAUUUCAUCUCUGGGCUAUGAUCUGGCAAUGUUCCCACCAAAUUACAAAGAUGAUCCAGGCUAUGCACCCUAUAAGGUGACCCACAUAAUAUUGAAAGCUCAUGCUAGAGCUUACCACACAUAUGACCAGAAAUACAGAGCAACUCAAAAAGGUGUUGUUUCUUUGAGUCUCAACAUGGACUGGGUUGAACCAGAGCCGCUGAAUGACCCCCGAAAUGUGGAGGCAGCCGAUCGUUACCUGCAGUUUAUGGGAGGGUGGUUUGCUCACCCUGUUUUCAAAAAUGGAGAUUACCCAGAUGCCAUGAAGUGGAAAGUAGGCAACCGGAGUGAUCUGCAGAAACUACCAUCUUCCCGGUUUCCUGUUUUCACAGCGGAAGAGAAAGAAUAUAUCAAGGGCACAGCGGAUGUCUUCUGCCUAAACUAUUACACUACCAAACUCAUAAAGCAUAAGACCACCAAGCUAAGACCAUUCUCCUAUGAGGAUGACCAAGAAAAGCUAUUGGAGAAUGACUCUUCCUGGCCUAUCUCUGCAAUAGACUACAUGAGAGCAGUGUCCUGGGGACUUCGGAGAUUGCUAAACUGGAUCAAAGAAGAAUAUGGCAACCCUCCCAUUUACAUUACUGAGAAUGGAGUUGGGCUGAAAUCCAAGUCUGAGGUUGAUGAUACCAGCAAGAUCUUUUUCUAUAAAACCCACAUUGAUGAAGCUUUGAAAGCUUCCAGCCUAGAUGGAGUGAAUCUUAAAGGCUAUGUCGCUUGGUCUUUCUUGGAUAGUUUUGAAUGGUUAAAUGGUUAUGAGCCAAGAUUUGGUCUCCACCAGGUGGAUUUUGAGAAACCCAGCAGACCACGGACUCCCAGAACAUCUGCUAUAUAUUAUGCAGAAAUCAUCCGUCAAAAUGGAAUUCCUUUGCCAAAAAGUGAAGAGUUCCUUUAUGGGGAGUUUCCAAAGAACUUUUCUUGGAGUGUGGCAUCAGCAGCUUAUCAGACUGAAGGUGCCUGGAGAGCAGAUGGGAAAGGGCUCAGCAUUUGGGAUCAGUUUGCUCACACGCCGUUGAAAAUCAAUAAUGAUGAAAAUGGAGAUAUAGCUUGCGACAGCUACCACAAGAUGGAGGAAGAUGUGGCUAUGUUGAAAGCCAUCAAGGUGACUCAUUAUCGCUUUUCCAUCUCCUGGCCUCGCGUUCUUCCUGAUGGGACCACCAAACACAUCAAUGAAGCUGGCCUGAACUAUUAUGAGAAACUUGUGGAUGCUCUCCUUGCAGCCAACAUCCAGCCUCAGGUCACUAUAUACCACUGGGACCUUCCUCAGGCUCUUCAAGAAGUUGGCGGGUGGGAAAAUUCAACCAUAGUCCAGAGAUUUAAAGACUACGCAGAGCUUCUUUUCCAAAGGCUUGGUGAGAAGGUGAAAUUUUGGAUUACCUUGAAUGAGCCCUAUGCUGUUGCUAAUAUUGGUUAUGGUUAUGGAGUAUCUGCACCAGGUAUUUCUGCCAGACCAGGGCGAGCCCCUUAUAUUGUGGGGCACAACUUGAUCAAAGCUCACGCUGAAGUUUGGCAUCUCUACAACGAAACGUAUCGUCCAAAACAAAAAGGUUUGAUUUCUCUUUCCAUGAGUUCAGAGUGGGCUGAACCAAAGAACCCCUAUAAGCAGGAGGACAUUGAUGCUGCAAGGAGACAUGUUCAGUUCUAUGUUGGUUGGUUUGCUCACCCGAUCUUCAAAAACGGUGACUAUAGUGAGCUGAUGAAAAGGAGGAUACAGGAGAAAAGCCAGGGCCAAUCACGCCUCCCUGAAUUUACUGAAAGUGAAAAACAGAGGAUAAAAGGCACCUAUGACUUUUUUGGUCUGAACCAUUACACUACAGUACUGGCAUCCAACUUAAACUAUCCUGCAUUUUUGACAUCCUACGAUGCUGAUAGAGGUGUUGCCUCCAUUCCAGACCGUAGCUGGCUGGGUUCUGGCUCUUUGUGGUUGAAAGUGACCCCAUUCGGCUUUCGAAAGCUUUUGAAGUGGAUCAAGGAGGAAUACAACAACCCACCUAUUUAUGUGACUGAAAAUGGAAUUUCAGAACGUGUCGACGAGGGCUUAAAUGAUCCCUGGAGGACACAUUACUUAAAAAAUUACAUCAAUGAAGCUUUGAAAGCAAUUGUACAUGAUGGUGUUGAUAUACGAGGCUACACUGUAUGGAGCUUGAUGGACAACUUUGAGUGGGCAGUGGGCUACUCUGAGAGAUUUGGGUUGUAUUAUACCAACUAUACAGACCCAGAUCUAUCCAGAAUUCCAAAGGAGUCUUCAAAAUAUUAUUCCUCUAUCAUUCGAUGCAAUGGCUUUCCAGACCCAGCCACUGGGCCUCACUUGUGUCUAGAGCCUCAACCUGAAGGUUACAACACAACGUCGCCUGACAACUCAGCCAUUCAGAAGGUGCAGUUUUUGGGGCUGGACUUGACUUCAUCUCGUGCAGAAACAGCCCUUUACGUUUUGUUUGCCCUACUCCUGCUAACUGUAGUAGGCCUUGCCAUUUUUUCAUAUGCAUAUAGGAAGAUUACCAAAAAGCUCCACAGAAAAAGUAAAAUGUAA